GGCAAUUCGCAGUACCCCAAAUUCACUCCGAUGGAGGGGUAUAAAAGCUCCUCCACGACCCCCUCUUCGGACAACCCACCCCGCUCGUCAUCCCCAAACUCCGAGGCCCUCUCAAUUGUCUGCCAACCCUCAGAUCACCAUGCCGCGUUCUUCUCUCAUCACCCUCACCUGUGCGCUGGCUGCCGGCGCCUCCGCCUUCUCCUACGGCGCGGCUGCCCCCCAGUCCUCCCAGGAGAAGCAGUUCUCUCAGGAGUUCCGCGACGGCUACAGUAUCCUCAAGCACUAUGGUGGUAACGGUCCCUACUCCGAGCGGGCGUCCUACGGUGUCGCCCGUGACCCUCCUACCGGCUGUGAGGUCGACCAGGUCAUCAUGAUCAAGCGUCACGGCGAGCGCUACCCCUCCCCCUCCGCCGGCCAGGGCAUCGAGGAGUCCCUGGCCAAGGUCUACAGCAUCAACACUACCGAGUACAAGGGUGACCUGGCCUUCCUGAACGACUGGACCUACUACGUCCCCAACGAGUGCUACUACAAUGCCGAAACGACCAGCGGUCCCUACGCCGGUCUGCUGGACGCCUACACCCAGGGUACCGAGUAUCGUGCUCGCUACGGCCAUCUUUGGGACGGCGAGUCGGUUGUGCCCUUCUUCUCCAGCGGAUACGGUCGUGUUAUCGGCACGGCCCGCAAGUUCGGGGAGGGCUUCUUCGGAUACAACUACUCGACCAACGCCGCCCUCAACAUCAUCUCCGAGUCCGAGGUCCAGGGUGCCGACAGCCUGACUCCCAGCUGCGACACCGAUAAUGACCAGACCACCUGUGACAACUUGACCUCCCUCAUGCCCCAGUUCAAGAUCGCUGCUGCUCGUCUGAACGCCCAGAACCCCGGCAUGAACCUCACUGAGACCGAUGUCUACCACCUGAUGGUGAUGGCCUCCUACGAGCUCAAUGCCCGCCCCUUCUCUAACUGGAUCAACGCCUUCACCCAGGACGAGUGGGUAAGCUUCGGCUACGUUGAGGAUCUGAACUACUACUACUGCGCUGGCCCCGGAGACAAGAACAUGGCUGCUGUCGGUGCUGUCUACGCCAACGCUAGUUUGACCCUCCUGAACCAGGGACCCAAGAAAGCCGGUUCCCUGUUCUUCAACUUUGCUCACGACACCAACAUCACCCCCAUCCUCGCCGCCCUGGGCGUCCUCAUCCCCGACGAGGACCUCCCUCUGGACCGCAUUCCCUUCGGCAACCCCUAUACAACCGGCAACAUCGUGCCCCAGGGUGGACACCUCACCAUCGAGCGUCUGAGCUGCCAGGCGACUGCUCUGUCGGACGAGGGCACCUUUGUGCGUCUGGUGCUGAACGAGGCCGUGCUCCCCUUCAACGCCUGCCAGUCCGGCCCCGGCUACUCUUGCCCGCUGGCCAACUACACCUCGAUCCUGAACAAGGAUCUGCCUGAUUACACCACCACCUGCAACGUGUCGUCGUCGUACCCGCAGCACCUGUCGUUCUGGUGGAACUACAACACCACCACUGAGCUGAACUACCGCACUAAGCCGAUUGCCUGCCAGGAGGGUGAGGCUAUGGAUUAGAUGGGAUGAGUGAUGAUGUGAAUGAGUUGGUGGCUGCGCUACCGGGUGAUGGAAUGAUGUUUAUGUGACGAGCUUAUGAUCACCAUGUUAAUAUGUCUUGGAUGCACAGUCUGGUGAAUGUAUAUAAUGGUAAUAAUGGCUAUAUAUUUAUCGAUGGUUUUGAGAG